AUGUCCAAAGGGAAAACCGAUGACGAUAAAGCAGAAAUUUCUAUUGAGGACUACAAAACAACUAUCUCUGAUUCGCCGGAAACGGUCGUAAUCCAAGACUGGGUCAGACUUUCUCCCGCAUUCCUAAAUGGUAAAAGUGGCUCCGUCAAAGUUCAAGAAAUUGAAGAGACUUCUGAUGGAAAGAUCGAAUCAAACACGCUACUUUCUGAUAUAAAGGUCUCAACAGAUGAAGGGAAAACAACUCGAUACGCUAUAAAAAAUCCCAAAAACGUCUAUUUUGUAAAGCUAAUCAACGGAAAACUCUUAUUGCACGACCCACUAAACACACAUUGUUUACUAAGUACUAUGGUUCUAGAGAAUUACAACAUCACAUUAUAUCCUACUGAGGUGUCCGAAAAUGAAGCUUUCAGCAAUCGAAAUGCGAUUUUAUUAGAACCUACUACAGGGAAGCUACUUCCUCAAUUAGACCAGAUUACUCUGGAUUCUCAAAACCUGUAUUUAUAUGCAAGAACUCCAUCAAAAAAAGAAGAUUGGUAUUUCAAACUUCUCUCAUUUUCGAAAUCCUGUCCACCUCUCAGACCAAUUGACGGUCCUGUCACUUUUGAUUAUGAUACCGUCAAAAAUAAUCUCGAUAAUCUCUCCUCUCCGGACCUAAUUUGGCUUAAUGCUUUCAUAGGAAGGAUCUAUUUGGGAAUUCACAAAUCUGAAGGCUUCAAGAAUACGAUUAAGCACAAAUUAUCUCGUAAAUUAUCUAAAAUAAGUACUCCUGAAAUGAUGUCUGAAAUCCAGGUUACUAAUGUUGAUGUUGGAGAAUCCGUUCCUGUUGUUAACAACUUAGAUCUUAUUUCUUUUUCAGAAGCAGGAGAACUAAAUGUGGCUGCGGAUAUUCUAUAUCAGGGUGACUGUAGUUUUAAGGCUGAGACAAGUGCAAAACUAACGCUAGGAUCAAAGAUUCCCUCUAAGAAGGUGAAAUUCUCUUUGGUUAUCCGUUUGCGACACUUAUCUGGAAGAGUCCGUCUUUUCAUCAAACCGCCCCCUUCAAACAGAAUUUGGUAUGGCUUCUACAACGAACCCAAAGUUGAACUUCAUGUUGAGCCUACUGUAUUCCAAAAGCAACUUAGCAACAGCUAUCUAUUGAAUUUUAUACGAAACAAGCUACUGGACUUAAUUUUCGAAACAAUGGUCCUUCCACAUAUGAACGACAUUGCUUUUUUCUCUGAUGAUCCUUUUCCUGUAAAGGGAGGUUUGUACAAUUCUAAAGAUUCAAAGUAUUACGACACAGAAAAACAAGCAGAGACUAAAAAGAGCAAAAAACCCGAUCAAUCUCCCGAACCACAAUUAGAUGACGCAGACUGGAAAUCUAUUAAAUCGAGUGAGUCUAUUGUAAAAGACUUUGAUUUAAAUAAGUCUCUGACUAAAGACUUUGGAAAUGAUUUAGACAACUCUCUUUCAGAUGGAGAAACAAAAAGUGUUCAGUUACCAACGCCUUUCCCCGUCAAUACCAACCCUAGUUAUGCAUUGCGAGACAAUCAGUCUGUAAAAUCGACGCCUGCAGAUAGAAAGAGCACGAAGUCUGGAAAAUCAAGACCGAAGUUUUGGAAUGACAAUUCUCAAUCUACAAUAUCGGACGCGACUAAAAAGUAUGGAGUUGCAGCGAAAAAAUCGUUCUACCAGGGAAUAUCAGAAGCCAAGUCAAUGGUAAAAAAACUCCAAGCUAAUUACUUGAAUUCAUCUGAUGAUGAGGAUGAAGACAUGAAUACAGAAUCUCAUGCUGAUAACAGUACCUCGAGGAAGGCGAUUAUUCAACCAAAGGAAAAAGAGAUUCCUACGAAAAGCCCCAAUUUAAUUGAUAAUGACAAAAAAGACGACUUUUUAGAAACGAAUCAAUUGACUGAUGAUAAAUUGUCCUUUGCAAACAAAAACUCGCAAUUUAAGCUGUUACAGAAGUCAGAUUCGGGGCCAAGCCCAAAGGAAGAAACAAAAAGACAACCCGAAGGACAAGAAAAUACACUUCCCUUUGUCAAUGAAUCAAUGGCAGAUGAUAAGCUACUGGCGAAAGAAAAAGAAUCUAACACCGACGAAUCCACUUUGAUUGCUGGCAAGCAUAAGCUACCUCGUCGGCCGCUACCUUAUGAUGUUUCUAAUGAGAAUAAUAAAUAA